AUUAAGGGGGGGAGAAUAGAGAAGAUCUCGCCGGGUCCAAGUUUCUCCCUUUGCUUCUCGCCGGCAGCGCUGUCAUUGUAACAGCUUCCCCCCUUCCCCUCCACAUUCUUCUUAUGUGAUCGCCAUCCGCAGUGCCAAGUCUCAUCGCCUCAGUCUUCUAGCCCUCGUAACCAGGAAGCAGCACAAGGGAGGGACAUCUGACCAAUCUACAAAGCACAAGAAGACAAGUAAAAAAAAAAAACAGCAGCAUGGCCAGGGAUAAAGCCAAGGAGAGCGAUGGAAGCUGGAAGAAAUUCAUCUGGAACCCGGAGAAGAAGGAGUUCUUGGGUAGAACAGGUGGCAGCUGGUUUAAAAUCCUCCUAUUCUAUUUCAUCUUCUAUGGGUGUUUAGCUGGUAUAUUUAUUGGGACCAUUCAAGUGCUUCUGUUAACCAUCAGUAUCUAUGAACCAAAGUAUCAAGAUCGCGUAGCACCACCAGGACUCACACAGGUGCCCAGAGCUUUAAAAACCGAAGUCACCUUUUCAGUAAAUGACCCAGCGACAUAUGAAGAAUAUGUGAAUAGUAUAUCUAAGUUUUUGGACAAAUACAAUAGCAGCAAGCAGUUGGACCCAAACAUCUUUAGAGACUGUGCUGACCGACCAACAACCUACACAGACCAAGGACCAAUUACUGAAGAUGGUAGCCAGAAAAUGUCAUGUAAGUUUGAUAGGAGUUGGCUUGGAAAUUGCUCUGGUUUACAAGAUCCAACCUUUGGCUUUAAGGAUGGCAGGCCUUGUGUAAUCAUCAAGUUGAACAGGAUCUUGGGAUUUAAGCCAAAGCCCCCAGCUAAUGGAACUUUUCCUGAAAUCCCCGGAGUACCUUACAAUCCAUAUGUUAUUCCUAUUAUUUGCGCAGGAAAGAAAGAGGAUGAUCAACCCAAGAUCUUGGAUGUGGAAUACUUUGGAAUGGCAGGAAUUGCUGGAUUCCCAUUGCACUACUACCCUUACUAUGGAAGACUGAUACAGCCCCACUAUCUCCAGCCCCUUAUUGCUGUUCAAUUUAACGUCACCAUGGGCACUGAAGUCCGCAUUGAGUGCAAGGCCUUUGGUGAUAACCUAGGCUAUAGUGAUAAAGACCGCUUUCAGGGACGUUUCGAUAUCAAAUUUGACAUAAAGAGCUGAUUAUAGGCACAGCUUGGGUAAUAUCAUAAUCUAAAUUCAAUUUAACAAAAAAAAAAAAAAAAAACUUUUAGUCUUGAACAAACAGUCAUGUAUGGGACCUACACUAAAUAUAUAUGCUUUACACUAGCUUUCUGCAUUUACUAGGGUUAGAAUGUAAAAUCAAGGUGUAGCAAUAGCAACGAGUAUUUAUUAUACUGUAAAUUUAGAAAAAUGAAUAAAUGACUUGAACCUUGGGACAUGCCCAUUUUGCUGUAAAUUAUAAUUCCAUAAUCGAAAUGUAGUAAGCAGUGUUUCUGGCCCCAGUAUAUAUUGCUACAUUGUGUAUUUUAUUUUUUUAGUGUACUUGUACAGUAGCAUAUGUGCAGACUCUACAGUAUCCGCCAAGCCAUGUUUUUGUUGUGUGAUCUUCCUUUAUGUGAUCAAACCUGCAGUCCAAGGUGUAAAUACUCUAUAAUGGGAAUAAAACUGGCAUGGUAUUUUUGUUUUUGUAAAAGAUGGCCAACCAAUAAGGAUAUUUAAUAGCACUCCAUGAAGUCAUGUCAGUGUGGCAUUGAUUUUAUUUAGAUAAGGGGGGGGGGGGGGCGGUUCUUUCCUGUUUUCUGUUUAGCUUCACUUACAUUUAUGAGGUGAUGGUUUGUGCUGUGCUUUGUAUUUAAUGCAUAUUUUUUUUUUUUUUUUAAUUCAAUCCUCCCCUUAUUUCUUAUUUUAUUAAGGUGUGUUGAGGCCUGGGUCAGACUGUCACUUUUUUUUUGCAAGGAAUAGGGCUAAUUGUUUUUAGUUAUACAUGUUGUGUUUUUUUUUUUUUUUUUUUUCAGGAAGCAUCAAAGUUUGGUGCUGUGUCUUUACAAAUGUUUUAACCAUUUUCAUGGUGGAAGAAUUUUAUAUUUAUGCAGUUGUACAAUUUUAUUUUUCUUCAAGAGAAAAACUAAUGUAUGAAAUAAACCAAAGUCACGUGUUGAAAAAUAAAUCUUUAUUUAAAAAAAAAAAUGCAAUGCAGUAUCCAUAGGAUGUAUCAUGUGUCUACUGUGUGCACAUUGUUCAAACAUCUGUAAUAUUUGCAAAGAGUACAAUGCUCUUUCAGUCAAAACAUCAGACAAUAAAAUGAAUAAAUCAA